AUGCCCGUGAUGCCUCGCGGCAGGAGCAGGACCGCCUCCACAAGCGGUUCGCCCUACAAGCCGAAUGGACGCAAUCGGCCCACUAAGAUCGCCUUGGAUACAUCCGACGACGACGACGACGAGAUCGAAGAAAGAAAACCAGCAAAGAGAGGUCGCCUGCCCAAGGCCCAGCAGGAGGUCGUGACCGUCGAUGAUGAUGAUGAAGAGGACGACGACGAUGACGAUAGCGUCCAAGCCGAAGACGAAUACGAGGUCGAGGCCAUCCGCACCCAUCGCCCGCUCAAAGGCUCAGAUUCCUGGAACAUGGAGUACUUGAUCAAGUGGAAAGGUUGGGACGAGGCGGACAACACGUGGGAGCCCGAGAGUAACCUCACGCGUCAACUGGUCGACGACUACUGGAAGACGCAACCUUCUAAGUCUCAGCCCAAAAAGUUCGAACUGGUUCAGAAGCGCAAAUCUCGCCACACGGACGAAGACGACGACUUGGACGAGAUCGAGGUCGAAGACGACGAGGAAUCGGAAGAGGAGCCCAGCAGCAAGUCGUCCCGCAGGGCAACCCGGGCUAAGAAUGGGCGUCGAGUGAGUGCGGCGGCAUCCUCCAAGAGCAGCAGUCCGGCCAAGAGACCGCGCGUCUCUGCCUCGAUCCUUCGACGCGCAUCUUCCUCCACGUCUGAAGAGGAUGAGGACGACGACGACGACGACGAUCAUGCUGAGUCUCGCCCCAAGUCGAGCGCAGAGAGCAAGCAAAAAGCUCUGGAAAAGGUGCGCGUUCGCUUUUUGGACCACUACAUGGAGCGCAAAGACUGGGAGGACUGCGUCGAUUGCAUCAUCAACAUGCAGCGCAGCGAGGACGACAGUCGACUGCAGAGCUGGGUGCAAUUCGAACAGAGCAAAUCAUGGAGUAGGGCCAUGAAAUCGAUCGAUAUGCCGGAAGAGGCAGAUGGCAGAGGGCCUCGCCUCUGGGUCGACAACGACAUCGCCAAUGAGCGCUGCCCUCAGAAGAUUAUUAAGUUCUACGAGCAGCACGUCCGAUUCUCCAACCCGCGCCUCGCGCGUUAG